AUGGCUACCACCACAGCGCUCAAGAAAGUGGUCCUGGUUGGGGCCAGCGGAAACCUGGGUGCUAUCAUCCUUCCUGCCUUACUGGAGUCCAACGCAUUGGAGGUGACGGUGCUCACCAGGGCAUCUAGCUCGGCAGCGUUCCCACCAGAUGUGGCCGUGAUUAAAACCGCAUAUUCGGAAGCGGACCUGGUCAAGGCGUUGCAGGGACAAGAUGCAGUCAUAUCUGCAGUCGGAGCUGCGGGCUUUCAAUCGCAGAAAACCCUGAUCGAUGCGUCCAUCAAGGCCGGCGUCAAGAGGUUUAUCCCUUCGGAGUUCUCCUCCAACACCCUCAGCGACACUGUCCGGCAAUUGGUACCGGUCUUCGAGGCCAAGAAGCAAAUCCUCGACUACUUGAAGGACCAAGAAGGCUCUGGGCUCAGCUGGACGGGUCUAGCGACAGGUCUUCUGCUCGACUGGGGACUUCAAUCUGGGUUCCUGGGCUUUGACAUUGCCAACAAGAAGGCAGUCCUCUGGGACGGAGGGAAUGUGUUAUUCUCCGCGACGAACCGAGCAGACAUUGGCAAGGCAGUUGUCUCGAUUUUUCAGCACCCGUCCGAGACUGCGAACAAAUACCUUUACACCUCCACUGUCACCACGAGCCAGUCGGCCAUCCUGAAGUCAUUGGAAGAGCAUACCGCACACAGCUGGACCGUGGACAAGGUCAAGUCGGAGGAGCAAACCGCCAAAGGUAGACAGUUGGUGUCCGAGGGGAACUUUACGGGCAUGUUCCUCCUUGUCCAGGCAUCAGGGUAUGGCGCUGUAGAAGGGAUCAGGUGUAAUUAUGCGGCCGAGGAAAGGCUGGCCAAUGCAGACUUGGGCUUGCCGGUCGAAGGGAGUCUUGAUGAGACUGUCAAAGCGGUGUUGCAGUCUUCGAAGUGA